UUCUCCUCCUCCUUGGUUAACCCUUUUUCUCAGCUUCAAUUCCCUUCUUCGUUAUAACAUUCCAUUCCCAUUCUUCAUAGGUUUUCUUUGCAUAUAUCCCCAGUUUAAGCACAAUGUCAGGAAGAAGAUCACGUUCCAAGCAGUCGAGUGUUUCCAGGAUCACCGACGAGCAGAUCGCCGAUCUUGUUUCGAAGCUGCAACAGCUUAUCCCCGAGCUCCGUCGACGCCGCUUCGACCAGGUAUCAUCUUCCAAGGUCUUACAGGAGACUUGCAACUAUAUCAGAAGCUUACAUAGGGAAGUGGACGACCUCAGCGAUCGGUUAUCCAUGCUGUUAGCUUCCACAGACAGCGACAGCGACCAAGCAGCCAUUAUCAGAAGCUUACUUAUGUAAUAAUA